AUGGAAACAACAGGCAAAUCGGUAGAACAAGUCACCGAGGGAGAUCAGGACAAGUCGCGUAAAGAGGAUGACUGUCUGCUGGAAGCGGCAAUAACAUCGGAAGAUCAAGCAACUGGAAAAAUCGAUGACAAACCCUUUCAAGAUGGUGACUGUGUGCUAGAAGAGAAAGUGAAGGAUCAGCAGGAUAAUGAAGAGGAAGUAGAUACAGACGAAGAAGAUGAGGAAAUAACGGAUGAAGAAGACGACAUGGAAAUCAGAUCAACCCCAUCAUCCUCAGCCCCAUCGUUCGCAUCGUAUCAAGUCGAGAGUGACGAAGAAUCAGAAGAUCCAGGCAAACUGCCUCCCUGUAACGCGAACGAACCCAAUUGCCUUUAUUUAGAGUGUCAGAUACACAAGGACCUGUGCGAUAUCUGCAACACCCAUUGCUUAGAUCCGGACGAUAGUGAGCAGCGCCGCUUGCACCGUAGUGCAUGUAAAAAGGAUGCAUUCUUCCAAAGGCAAUUUGCGAUUGCUGCGCAGCAGUCGUUCGACAAACGGUGUUGCAUCUGCUUUGAGAUUGUAAAGGAUAAGCGACCGCGCGAACAACGCUUCGGUAUACUGCCCAACUGUGAGCACGUGUUCUGUCUGAGGUGCAUACGCAACUGGCGCAAGGUGGAAACGCUGCCCUCAACCGUUCGACGUGGUUGUCCGGUGUGUCGCGUUGUUUCGUACUUUGUCUGCCCGAGCUUUGUGUGGGUGAAGAACAAAAAGGCAAAACAUAAACUUAUCUCACAAUACAAAAGUGCCUGUAAACUCAUCCCAUGUAAGUACGUUCAGCAGGACGCCGGUGUAUGUCCGUUCAGGCGUUUUUGUUUUUACCAGCAUGCUCCUGGCAUUUAA